AUGACCCACACCCUCACGGCCCUGCUCUGUCUCGGGCUGAGUGUGGGCCCCAGGACCCGAGUGCAGGCAGGGACCCUCCCCAAACCCACCAUCUGGGCUGAACCAGGCUCUGUGAUCCCCUGGAGGACAUCUGUGACCAUCUGGUGUCAGGGGAGCUUGGAGGCCCAGGAGUACUGCCUGCGUAAAGAGGGAAACACAGGGACCUGGGACAAACCUCCUGCACUGGAGCCCGGGGACAAGGCCAAGUUCUCCAUCAGACACAUGGCAGAUGUACAUGCUGGACAAUAUCUCUGUUCCUAUCGCAGUCCCACUGGCUGGUCAGAGCCCAGUGACCCCCUGGAGCUGGUGGUGACAGGAUUGCAUGGCAAACCCACCCUCAUAGCCACACCCAGCCCUGUUGUGACCUCAGGAGGGAACGUGACCCUCCAGUGUGGCUCAUGGGUGGGAUUCGACAGGUUCAUCCUGAUGACCUCCCACGGGGGCCGGUACACAUGCUAUGGUGGACAGAACCUCUCCUCCGCGUGGUCGGCCCCCAGUGACCCCCUGGACAUCCUGGUCGCAGGACAGCUCCCCUACAGACCCUCCCUCUCAGUGCAGCCAGGACCCACGGUGACCUCAGGACAGAAUGUGACCCUGCUGUGUCAGUCAUGGAGCUCUGUGGACACUUUCCUUCUUUCCAAGGAGGGGGCAGCCGAUCCCCCGCUGCGUCUUAGAUCAAAGCACCGAGCUGGGCAGCACCAAGCUGAAUUCUCCAUGAGUCCUGUGACCUCAGCCCACGGGGGGACCUACAGGUGCUACGGCUCACUCAGCACGUCCCCCUACCUGUUGUCACAGCCCAGUGACCCCCUGGAGCUCCUGGUCUCAGGUGAGAGACCCCUGACCCUGACCAUUAUGAGCUCGACCAGCUCAAGAUGCACGUGUCAGGAAAGCCUGACACAGGAUUACACAGUGGAGAAUCUCAUCCGCAUGGGCGUGGCUGUCUUGAUCCUGCUGGUCCUCGGGAUUCUGCUACUAGACGCUCAGCACAGCCUGACAAGGACCCCAGAUGCAGCACUGCUAGAGCCAGAGACAGGAGACGCCAUGACCCCCACCCUCACGGCCCUGCUCUGUCUCGGGACCCUCCCCAAACCCACCAUCUGGGCUGAACCAGGCUCUGUGAUCCCCCGGUGGACCCCUGUGACCAUCUGGUGUCGGGGGAGCCUGGAGACCCAGGAGUACCGCCUGCAUAAAGAGGGAAACUCAGGGACCUGGGACGAACUGAAGCCACUGGAGCCCGGGGACAAGGCCAAGUUCUCCAUCAGAUACAUGACAGAUCAGAACACACGGGAUGAAGACCCCCAGGGAUUGACACGUGCCCAGGUGAGCCACUCAAGAUCAAGACUCAGGCGGGGACUGGCCCCUUCUCCUUCCCCCGUGUCUGGGGCACUGCUGGACUCGGAGGACAGACAAGCAGAGGAAGACAGGCAGACAGACUGUCAGGCUGCGACAUCUCACGCCCCUUCGGAUGUGACCUACGCCCAGCUGAACCGCUUGACCCUCCGACGAGAGACAAGUGCAUCCCCUCCCUCCCAACCAGGGGAGCCCCCAGCAGAGCCCAGUGUGUAUGCUGCUCUGGCCCUCCGCUAG